AAGAGAAAGAGAGAGAGGAGGUGGAGAGAAGGAGGUGACGGACCUGCUCCUCUGGGACUCGGCUGUUUCUUACUGCUCGGUGCUAUCAGCGGGAUCUGCUCACAAAAACCGUCCAGGACUGAAAUCAGGCUCCGAGGAGAGGUUUCCUCUGUCACUGAGCUCCGCGAGGAUCUCCACGCUCGCUCACUGCUGCCUGCGCUUGUAGGAAAACGUUGUGGGAGUUAAAUGUGGAGAGAGCGGGAUUCAUGGAGGAUCUGCUGUGCGGCUUCAUCGACCACAACCGCCUGGAUUAUCCGAUUUGAGACGUUUUGAGAGCAUCAUUACACCAGUUUGAACAGAAAAAAGGGCGACGAUUCUCUAUCGUGCAUCGCUGUGUUCCACCCCAGAUUGCGACGUGGUUUUGUUUUAGCUGGGGGCGGUGUAGUUUUCAAGAGAUCCGGUCAUGGCGGACCAAGAGGAGACUUUUGGUCUCCCAAACUCUCCUGGUGGCUCUGAUUCGAGGGAAGCGCAGAGCGAGAAUAAAUCCGAGAAACAGAACGGAACCUCAAGCAAAUCCCCGUCAUCACAGACAACCUACAUCCAGCAGGGAAUGGAGGGAAUAAAGGUCUAUCUGCACGAGAGGGAACUGUGGAUGAAGUUUUACGAGGUGGGGACAGAGAUGAUCAUCACCAAAGCAGGAAGGCGAAUGUUCCCCAGCUUCAAAGUGAAGGUCACGGGACUGAACCCCAAAACUAAAUAUAUUCUCCUGAUGGAUGUCGUCCCUGCGGACGAUCACCGAUACAAAUUCGCCGACAAUAAAUGGUCUGUGACCGGGAAGGCUGAGCCCGCUAUGCCCGGGAGGCUCUACGUUCACCCGGACUCUCCCGCCACGGGGGCGCAUUGGAUGAGGCAGCUCGUCUCUUUCCAGAAGCUCAAACUGACCAACAACCACCUGGACCCGUUCGGACACAUCAUCUUGAAUUCGAUGCACAAAUAUCAGCCGCGGAUCCACAUCGUGAAGGCGGACGAAAAUAACGGCUUCGGCUCCAAAAACACGGCCUUCUGCACUCACGUCUUCCCCGAGACCGCCUUCAUCGCGGUCACGUCCUACCAGAACCACAAGAUAACCCAGCUGAAGAUUGAGAACAACCCCUUUGCAAAAGGGUUCCGUGGAAGCGAUGACAUGGAGCUGCACAGGAUGUCCAGAAUGCAAAGUACAAAGGAGUAUCCAGUGGUGCCUCGCAGCACAGUGAGGCAGAGAGUGGGCUCCAGCCAGAGCCCGUUCAGUGGGGAGGUCCAGGGCAUGGGCACCCCAAGCUCCUUGAGCUCCCAGUACUCCCAGUGCGAGAACGGGGUCACGAGCACCUCACAGGACAUGUUGCCCCAGUCGGGCUCUUACCCUGUGCCGCAUGAGCACAGUCAGGACUACCACUGCAUCAAGAGGAAAGUCGAGGACGACUGUCACUCAGGCGAGCACACCUAUAAGAAAGCCUACCUGGAGAGCUCGUCCAGUGAAGAGGACCAUUACUACCGUCCUGUCAGUUACACCCAGAGCCUCGGCCUGGCCGGCGGGCCCUACCGCAGUGAAGCCAACCAGCGGCAGGCGUGCAUGUAUGCCAGCGCGUCACAGGGCGCAGAGCCUGUUCCCAGCUUGGAGGACAUCAGCUGCAACACAUGGGCCGGCGUCUCGCCCUAUGGGAGUUGCUCCGUCACCACCAUGCAGUCGAUGGAGAGGCUGCCCUACCAGCACUUCUCUGCUCACUUCACCUCAGGGUCCCUGGUGUCCAGACUUGGCGGGGUUGGGGGCCACGCCUCGCCGCAGCUGGGUGACGGCCACCAUGCAGCCAUGUACCAGAGCUCCAUGGCCCACCAGACUCUGGGCCGCCAGUGCAGCCCCGGUGCUGGGAUCCAGUCGCCAACAGGCAGCCUACAGGGAAAUGAGUACUUGUACACACACGGCAUCCCACGUACUUUAUCGCCACACCAGUACCACAGUGUGCAUAGUGUCAGCAUCAUGCCAGAGUGGAAUGAGAACAGCUAAGAGAAAGCUGAAAGGAAGAAAACAAAAACAAAAAAAAGGACCAAAAUAAGGCAGGGUUUUAGAUAACUUCAUAUUUAUAUUUUUUAGAGAUGCAACAGUGGACAUUUGUGAGACAAGCAUCGCCUCACUAAACUUGUCGUGAUAGCAUCUGCACUUAUAAGAAAGCAACAUAAGUAUGAACAAAGAUGACAUGGACCGUAAAAUCUUACACAAAGACUUUCCACAAAGUGAAGUCAAAGAGGAAACAGUGGAAAUGCAGACACUGACCAGGAGGAGAAAAUGCUUCAGUCUCCCAGUUUAUAAUGCUAUCAUGCAGAGGAGUUCUUUGUGGAUGUUUCAGAGAUGAGAGAAAAUGCUUUCAUCAUACAGACUCUUCUCUUCUAUCCAUGUCCCAAAUUGAUGUAAAAAAAAAAAGGACAUUGUCUUCUGCUACUUUAGCUUUAGUUCUCAGUUUAUGUCUCUUUUAUUGUAGUUUACAACUUACUUUGUAGUAAAAUUGCUUUUUUUUAAUGAAUAAUCAAAAGAGAGCCUUUGUUGUGGCUCUUUGGUAACUUUGCAUGCUCUUACAUCUGUUAAAUUAUUUGGAUUCAUCCAUCCAUCCAGAAAAGCUGGAAUACGGGGAAGUAAAAUUAUAGCAGACUGCUCAAUUAACCAUUUUAACAUCAUGAUGCCUUCAAUCCAAUAAUUAUGUGUUGGGGCUUGCAAAAAUAAAAAAAUGUUUGUGUUACUAUGUAUAACAUUAUUAUGUCUGGUUAUAGUUAUCAGUCACAGCUGUCCCAAUCCAUUCAUCAAUACAGAUAUGUACUGGUGGUGGCCAGAAACACAACUUGAGGGAUGAAAACAACAUAAAUGUUUCUCUGUGUCAGCUAAAGUGUAAAUGGGUGUACGUCAGACUGAGUGUUUGUUGAGUUCCUCUGCCCUCAAGUGGCCAAAAUAAAGUCAUUCAAAGUCAUUUUUAUUUAAUCAUCUGCAGUAUGUAAUGCUAUAUGCACUUACUCUGGAUGGUACGGAGAAUAGUACUCAUUGAAUCCAUAGUAGUCACAGUGGACAUUGGUGAAAUCCUGAUGUGUAUGGGAGAAAUAAAAAUUAAAAAAAUUUUCUAACAAAAAAUAUUUCAAAUGUUUUGCUCCUAUGGUUCAGGUUUGGUUUUUGGUAAAACUGGCUGUUUGCAAUUGAUAAACAGAGCAUGAAAAACCUCCAUAAAAUCUGUUUUAUGAUGCACUUGUUGACAACGUCAGACCCAAAAAUAACAAUACAAUGGGACCCAUCAAUAUAUAAAAGUGGAAUCGUUUCAAAAGGAAAACAAGUGUCAAAGCUUCCCUCAAAAUGUACAAGCAAAAGGAAAAUUAUUGUGCACGAUAUUUGUUGCUUUGAGGGAAAACUCAAACCAGAAUGUUGUGGGUUUUGAUUGUUUGACAAUAGUCAAAAGUAAGAGUUGGAAUAGUGUAGAAUGUAAAACUCAAAACUGAUCCUUUACACGCUAUAAAAGUUUCACCAUGCAGAUGACAAAGGCGAAACUUUCAAGGUAUGUAGUCAAUAGAAUGUUAUUUUGUCAAUAGUAUUUAUUUUUCAGCCUGCUUCUGCUCGUAUCAAAUAUAGAAGGUCCAGUUUCUUUUUUUAUUGUCAGUUUUCUUUUUUUUAAUUACUGCUAUUGUUUAUAAGGUUUUUGUAAUCAUACUAUAGAAAGGAGAAGAUAGACAGCUGUCGAGAAGUAUCAAAAAUAAUGUUGAAACACAUAAAUAACUUUGUAUAUAAAGAUGUACAUAACGGAAUACCUGCAAUAAAUUUUAAAACAUGAA